AUGGCAAAGUAUGUUGGCCUCAAAGUUGCGAAUCAAGCAAACUGUAAACGUUGUGUGCCACCAAGCAAAGAAAAUCAACGAGAGAAGGACGUGAUGCUAGGGCGGGAGAGGCUCCUAAAGGGUCGCAAUUGGAAGAUGUCGACAAGCUUUCGCCGUCACUUUCUGUUUUUGUACUGGGAGCUAGAAUUCCGACUGAGUCAAAGUUGUUGUGAGACCAGGGAGUCUCAAACAGUACUUUCAAACGCUCAGUAUACCCAAACUCAAGUAAACAGAGCGGGAAUGACAGUUGUACAGUUUUUUGCAAUGGCCUUAUGCGUAGCCUGUUUAUCCGCACCAAUAUCCUUUGCACCUUACGAAGAAAAAAUCUUCCAUACGACUGCAGCAUUAGCUGGUUAUUCUGAGAAGACUAUUACUGCCCACGUUGACUAUGAUAAGCUAUUGGAAAAGGGAACCAAGGGUAAAAUUAAACGAUUCGUUUCUCUCAAACUCUACAAACUCUACAAAUAUAUUUCUCGAAAGUCUCUUCAAUAA